AUGGCCAUGUCCAUGUCCAAGAUGUCGUCGCCGAGCUUGAGGUUACUGGCGCUAGGCGCCCUCUCCUUAUCGUCAUGUCUGGUUUCCGCGCAGACCAACUACACCGAGGUCGACAUGCUGCGGGCACAGCUGACCCUCCUCACCGGCCGAUCUGACGAAUGUCCGCCAUGCUUCAACUGUCUGCUCCCGGCCUACACCUGUGGCCAGUUCUCGGAAUGUAACGAAUACAACGGCAAAUGCGAGUGUCCUGCCGGCUUCGGAGGCGACGACUGUUUGGAACCAACUUGCGGUUCUCUCGCCCGGGGCAAGGACCGGCCCAUGCGACAAGGCGACGCCUGCGAUUGCGACGAGGGCUGGACCGGCGUCAACUGCAAUGUCUGCACCGAGAACAAGGCCUGCGAUGCUCUCAUGGAGACGGGCGACGGCGGCGUCUGCUACCAGAAUGGCGAGGUCAUCAGCCAGAACUACCAGAUGUGUGACGUGACCAACGAGAAGAUAUUGUCCAUGCUCGAUGGCAAGAUCCCCCAGGCCAGUUUCAGCUGCCAGAGAGAGAACGGCUUCUGCGACUUCCAGUUCUGGAUCGACCGCCUCGAGUCCUUCUACUGCCACCUCGAGGACUGCAAGUCCAGCGCCGAGUUCGAUUCCGACAGCAACAGCACCUACUACAAGUGCCCCAAGGUCCAGUGUUCUUGCAUCCCGGACCGAAUGCUCUGUGGAGAGGAUGGGUCUAUUGAUCUCACCGACUUCCUGGCCGAGGGUCUGACAGGUCCCGCCGAGUUCGAAUGUCUUCAGGAGAACGGCGGCGUCAACAACUGCAAGUUCAAGGAGCCCGAGUUGGACGGCAUGGUGAGAGCGAUCUUCGGAGACCCUAGUAUCGAGCUCAGCUGUCGCUCUGGAGAAUGUCUGUACCACACCGAGGUUCCUGGCUACGAGCGUCCCGUCAAGAAGAUCAACACGCCCUUGAUUGCUGGUGUCAUUGCUGGCUGCUCGCUCUUCCUGGUUGCCGUCAUCCUGCUCGUCUGGUAUCUGUCACGACGCUCCUUCCACUACCAGCCUGUGAGCCUAGACGACUCCGACGACGAGUCAUCCAGGCUCAUGGUCGACCACAAACCUGCAUCGCUGUAUUUUGAGGACGUCUCCUACGACCUGAACGGGAAGCGCAUCCUCAGCAACAUCCAGGGUAUGGCACGUCCCGGAGAAGUCAUGGCUAUUAUGGGUGCCUCAGGCGCCGGAAAGACCACCUUCUUGGAUAUCUUGGCGAGGAAAAACAAGCGUGGGAACGUGGCUGGCAACUUCUACGUCAAUGGCGAGAAGGUUGAAGAUGCCGAGUAUAGGAAUGUGGUGGGUUUCGUCGACCAGGAGGACACCAUGCUGCCGACUCUUACCGUCCACGAGACCAUCCUGAACUCGGCCCUUCUUCGACUGCCCCGGGCCAUGAGUCGUGCUGCCAAGGAGCAGAAGGUCUGGGACGUGGAGAAGCAGCUUGGUAUCUACCACAUUCGCGACUCCCUGAUCGGGUCCGAAGAAGGCAAAGGCCGUGGUAUUUCUGGUGGUGAGAAGAGACGUGUGGGUAUAGCCUGCGAGCUGGUAACAAGUCCUUCGAUCUUGUUCCUGGACGAGCCUACCAGUGGUCUCGACGCCUACAACGCCUACAACGUCAUCGAGUGCCUUGUCACCCUCGCCAAGACCUACAAGCGCACCGUCAUCUUCACCAUUCACCAGCCCCGAUCGAACAUCGUCGCCUUGUUUGACCGACUGAUCCUGUUGGCCCAAGGCAAGACUGUGUACUCGGGCCCAUUCGCUAGUUGCCAGGGCUAUUUCGACGGCAUCGGGUACUCAUGCCCGCCAGGGUUCAAUAUCGCCGAUUAUUUGGUUGAUCUUACCAUGCACGCCACCUCGUUCGAGCCCUACGAUGACGGUACGCUCCACGCGGAUAACGCGAGCGUGGGACCGAGCAGCACAAAGGCAGUCAAAUCGAUCGCCAGCAUUUCUGGUAACAGCACUGCCGAGGACAGCGUCAAUACCGAGCCUUCAUCCAGUCGACCCAAGUCGAAGCGCAAGGAUUCAAUCAGGACACGCCAGGAACGCGAACUCUUCACACGACGUAAGAACGCCGCCAACAACAACAAUGUGGACACUGCCGCAUCUUCCGACGUCGACGAGGAGAUUGGGGCCUAUAAACUCCACAAGCAGCCCCCACCUCCUCAUAUCAACAUUGACGAGGCGCAUGAUCUCCCUCCAUCGGUCCAUGAUAACGAUUUGGAUGGACUUCAUCAGGCAUUUGUGGAAUCCGAUAUCGCGGGCUCAACACACGAUGAGAUCCAACAGGCUGUCGAGAAUGCCCGCAACGCCAACGGCCAGAAUGGAUAUACCCCUGAAGGCCCCAAUGUCUACGUUGGCGGCAUCGGCAAAGGCUACGCGCGCCCCAGCUACGCGAGACAGUUCCUGAUCCUAUCGAACCGGACAUUCAAGAACCUGUACCGCAACCCGCUUCUCAUGUUGACCCAUUACGCCAUUGCGAUUCUUCUGGCCGUCCUGUCGGGCUACCUCUUCUAUGGGCUCACCGACGACAUUCCUGGCUUCCAGAACCGCCUUGGUCUCUUCUUCUUCCUCCUUGCGCUCUUCGGCUUCAGCACCUUGACCAGUCUGAACGUGUUCGCUUCCGAACGCCUGCUGUUCGUCCGUGAACGCGCCAACGGCUACUACUCGCCUGUCACCUACUUCGCGGCCAAGGUGCUCUUCGACAUCAUCCCCCUGCGCAUCAUCCCGCCCAUCCUGAUGGGUGCCAUUAUUUACCCCAUGACGGGUCUCAUUGCUGACGCCCAGCACUUCUUCAUCUUCAUGCUGGUUCUGGUGCUGUUCAACCUCGCCGCAGCAGCCAUCUGUCUCUUCAUCGGCAUUGUCUGCAAGGACGGCAGCGUCGCCAACUUGAUCGGGUCCCUCGUCAUGCUCUUCUCGCUGCUCUUUGCGGGUCUCCUGCUCAACCAUGACGCCAUCCCUGGGGCAGCCAAGUGGCUCCAGGCACUGUCCAUCUUCCACUACGGUUUCGAGUCGCUGAUUGUCAACGAGGUGCUGAAACUGGAGCUCGUCGACAAGAAGUACGGCCUCGACAUCAAAGUGCCCGGCGCCACCAUCCUCUCGAGCUUCGGGUUCAACAACGGUGCUCUCUGGAUGGAUGUCCUCAACCUUGGCGUCUUUGCCGCCGUCUUCGUGGUCCUCGCCUACGGUGCUAUGCAUUUCUUGCUUGUAGAACGUCGGUAG